GCGGCGCUCAGUCUAGCUUGAUCUUCGGUUCGGAACGGUACUUUCCAGACGACCGCAGUUUGACCCAUUGUAUAUGGAGCGUCAGUCCGCCGACGGGGAGUCCUUUUCAGUUACUGUGUUUGUGUCGGUUGUGUCAGUGUGUUUGUGCUGGGGGAAAAAUUUCUAACAGGGAGAUGUGUGCAGCACCAGCCAUCAAGGAAGAAAGUAUAUAAUGGAAAACGCUUAAUUUUCCUGUUCUCGUCGAUUCUGCUGGCUGUAGUCCAUGCUACUUCAGAGUGAAAAGUUAUGCUCGAGAAAAAGGGGGAAAAUUGAAUUCCUUUGUAUGUAGAAGAUUCGCUGAUUUUAAUGAAAGUAAUUUUUCUUCGAAUCAUCUUCGACUCCUUCGAGCCAAAUCGAUGAGUGUUGGUGAAUGAUCUAUAGAGGAGAAUCAGAGUAAUAAUAUCGAAUCGGAAAACAUGUGGAAAAAUAAAGAACCCAGUUUCUGAGUUGUUAUGUUUUAUGUUCGUCCGGGCUAUUUUUCUGUUUACCUUCUUCCGUGCUACUUUACUAUCGGAAAAGUGUGUGAUUUUUUUAGCUGCUGACGGUGUUCCAAAGUGUCCUUUCGCGAUAGUAUUUUCUUACAUUUUCACCACCAGCAGAGAGUUAGUAUUAAAACCUCGUGGCUUCUUCUAGUGUAAAAUAUUAUGUUUACAUCGGUAUCUCUUCGGCAACCCCUAUCCACAACCCUUUCGAGAAUCAGGCAGGCCGAAGGAUAACUCACUGGAAUCAAUCGCAACUUUGAGUGCUUAUUUUGCGGUAUACCGUCAAGCUUGGGGUUGAAAGAAAACAUCCCCGUUGUCAGUUCAUUUGUUUUAUUGUUCCUGUUUCGCAAUCCAGUCUCUGACCGCAGUUGACAACGAUGGUGCAAAAAUUGUAUAUCACAGUGAAUAAUUUACGUAAAUUGGGGAAAAUAUGGAUACAAAUUUCCCUGGUCGCGCUGAUUCUGAGUGCGCAUGUGCUCGUUGUGACAUCGCAGCAGCAAUCGCAGCAGCAGCAACAACAACAACAAUCGAAGGAAUUACAACAGCAGCAAUCACCGACCAAUCUGCCAUUGCCGCAGAAACGAGCGGGCGGUAGCACUGAUUCCGGCAAGGACCACUGCAAUAAAACUGUCGAUAUCUACGAGGAUGUUGCAUCGCCUGAGGUGACGAAUCUCAAUCGCAACAGACCACUCACGUGCUGGUACCGGUUCCGGAGUUUCAGAGGGGCGCCACGUGACUGGGUGCUGAGGUUGAAUUUCAAAAAGUUCAAAGUUGGAACUCUUCUCAACGCAACUCACUGCGAUGGUGGCUAUCUACAGAUAGUGGAUGGCAACGCUAAAACCGAUGUAUCAAACCGUAGAGAACCGGGCCAGUUUUGCGGGGAGUCCGAACAACCGCAAACAUUUAUCAGUGAAACAAGUGCCGUCAAAAUCGUCUUUCAUACCGAUAAUUUUACCGAUCAAACAUAUUUUGCCUUCGACUCUCGAGCGGAACAGCAGAUGGAGGUAUUCAAUCGAUACGGUCCCCAUCCGGAGCUAUACCCGAACCGUCGCGGUGAGGUGGUCCAAGGCUCGUACUGCGAACGGGAGUUCCGGGACUGUCGACUGCAAACCUGCUAUGUACAAUCACCAGCCUACCCGGGAAUCUACCCGCGGGCGCUUAAGUGUCGCUACCGUCUGCAUACCCGACUGCCCUUCAUUAAACUUUAUAUCCAGAAUGAACAAUUCGCCGUCGACGGUCAGAGGUGCGAGAACAUCAUGACUUGUCCGAUGAAGGAAAUUGGCUCCGGUUCCGAGCAUUGUCCGUACGACUGGCUGGCAGUCUACGACGGCCGAGAUGAACACGCUCCACCGAUUGGAAAAUUCUGCGGAAUGGGCAAAUUUCCCUUCAGCAUUAUUGGAACAUCGCAGCAUAUGUACGUGGAGUUUGUAUCGUCACCUGCGGGGCCUUUGCUCAAUACGGGGUUCCAUUUCAACGUGGGGAAUUGGCCCGGUCACGUGGAAACUGUCGGUACCAAGCACGGUGCAUGUGACUGGCUGCUGAGCUCCGAUGCGUUGAAAGCGACGAGUGCUUCGGAGGGCAUUUUCCUGAGUGUCGCGCACUGGUAUCCACCGAAUACGUCUUGCAGCUAUCACAUCCAGGGCAACGAGGGAGAGAUAGUGCGUUUGUAUUUUCCCAGCUUCCGCAUAAACCGCAUCGAAGCACCUAUAAUGAAGUACGAAGAGGAUUGCGCUGAGUCGCUCACAAUUUACGAUGCCAAUCAUCCGGAUCCGGCGCGCAUCAUCAAAACGUUCUGUGACACAUUCUCGCGUCCGAUGGAAAAAAUCGACUUCGUAAGCACUAGCCGUUCGCUGUACGUGAAAUUCCUCAGUAAAACCGGCUCCUACAGUGGAAGUUCGCUGUACUAUUGGGCCCAUUAUGACUUUUUCAAUAACACCAAAUACGGUGACCCGGUGCAGAAUACCCUUUGCGAUGAAGUAUUCUACGCCUGGAAGUACAAUAAGGGAGUUCUGGGGUCACCGAGAAACACUCUAAUUUACAAGCGAGCCGCCGGUAGCGAUGUUCGCUGUCAGUAUAAAUUCGUGACGGACCGGAGGUUAUUCUCGCGUGUGGUUGUUGAGGUUACCUCGGUCACAUUCAAGGAAGUUCCCUACUCAAUGAACGCCUGCACUCGGUGCCACGAAGAACGAGUGGACAAACUGAUACUGUGGGAAGAGAAAGACAAGAAUCAAAACCGGUUGGCCUGUUUUUGCGAUAAUAUCCCACGUCCAGUGCGAGUUAUAUCAUCGGGAGAUCAAAUGAAUCUGGAGUUGGUCAUACAGGGGCAACAUGCAACAACGAGUUACUUUAAAAACCCACAAACAUUAUUCGAAGCGAACUACGAAUUCGCUCAUGGGCCCAUUUGCGGUCCGAUAACAUUGGGACCGUCCCCAGAUGGAGAGCUUGUUUUUCCCUAUAAAAACUCUCUAGGAUUUCAGCUGACUGAAAAUCGCAGGGAAAAAUGUAUUUGGGAGUUAAAGGUUGCUGCGCAGAGAGAUUUAUGGUUACACUUGGACAAGGCUCGAUUUGCUGAAAGAAACUGUGAGCAUGGUAGAAUAGAGGUAUACCUCGCAGGAAGACUGGAGCCGAGAUUCAUCAUCUGCCCAGAAAAUGUAAGCUUAGCAAGAGAUCUGCCCAUUCUAUCAGCUGCCGAAUUAGGAGCUGUGGAGAAUGAAAACGACCCUCUGCCAGUGUUGAUUCAGUACACUGGAGACAGUGCUAUCGGGAAAAAUGCAUUUAAAUUCGUAUGGACCGAACUAUUCCACCUGCCGAGAAAUGCUGAUGGAACGUUGGCAACUUCGUCCAUGUUUAAGGAUAGUUGUGACUUUUACUGCCCCGGUGAUCAGCAUGUAUGCAUUCCAGAAUAUCUGCUGUGUAACGGAUACCAAAACUGCCCUAACGUAUCAGGACUCCGAGUUGUGGAGAGCAAUAUAGAUAAAAAUUACGAGUAUCUUGAAGAAAACUACAUCCGCACAGGACUGUUCGAUAAAGAGUUUCUGCUUAAUAUCCAAUACCUAACCGAUGAAGCUCCAGAGCUUUGCCGAACUAAGUACAUUCCAAAUAAUGGGGAUUAUCCAGAUAUUGUCGAAUGUUUCCAGUUUCCCGUAAUUCAGAUGGUUGUAGUCGGAGUUAUACUCUGCACUCUUAUCAUUCUGGCUUUCACUAUCUACUGCCGAUUGUACGGACAGAAAUAUUACGACUGAAACGCACCGCCUUCGGAUUGGGGUGGUCAUACCCGUUCAGCUGUUAUCUUAGAAACCGUGUAGCCAGAACAGGAGAUUUUCCUUUCACAUAAACGGGAUUAGGUUUUAGUGAAUUAAUACUCAACCGAAAACAAAAAAAAAGAGCAUGCCUUCAUUUCCUUCUAUUCCUGCAAACAAAUCUCGUAAAAAAAUCCUACACAAUUACAAAAAAGUAACACAAAAUUUACAACUACCAAUAUAAAACGGAAACUUUAAACUGCACCCAGAUGAAAUACUCACAGUAUGGAAGAGAGGAUGGUUGCCGUGAACCGGCAUCAGUGGAGUUUUCUAGCUUCGUUUCAGAAGUCAACACGGCCAAAAAGCAGCACAAGCAGGCGGCUUGUUAACAUAGGCUGGCAGCUGUCCUUGGAAAAUCCAUUUUCUUUAUAUAGGCAAUACGAUUGUUCCUCUGGUUAGUUCUGUGCCCCCAACCCACUCGUAGGAUCAAAUUUAAAUAAGAAGAUACUGAAUCACUUGCCGAAGCCAGCGAUCCAAGUAAUUUACGAAGUAAACCAAAGAGAAAUAUAAAAGAUGUAAUGUAAGAAGAGAAACAUGUUGAGAAUUUAUUGGUCGUUUUUCUUUUCGAGUGCUUAGCAAAACGUCACGGUAGACGAUCGAAUUGUUUGGACCGUAGAGAUGAAAGUUAUUUAGUGGAGGCAAAGACAGAGUAAAACAAAUUAAAAACCGCACUGCACAAUUUGUACAUAAGCAAAAAAACUGAACAAAUUUAACAAGAUGACAUAGGACAAACCAAUUCUAUUAUAUACAACUGCAAACCAAAUUAUGUAGACACGAAAAAUGAAAGAUGAAGGUUAAUAAAUUCUAUUGAAGAUGA